CUAUGCGGACUGAGAAGAAGACAACUUCAUCUUGCUUACUGCAGCUAGCGUCUUCCUGCAAGAGAGCACAACAACCAGAGAGAUAGGGCAGACCAGGAUCAUCCAAGAAAUAUCCAAGAACUCCGAUGGCUGAUGAGUCAUGGAGGCUGCCAAACUCUGUGCAGCAACUGGCUUCCACCGUGCAGGAACCACCAAGCAGGUACUUGCUUAGAGAGGAUGAACCGCUUGGUAGGAACCUGGCUGGUACCGAGAUGCCGGAGCCCAUUCCAAUGAUCGAUCUCGGCCUGCUGUCAGCAUCCAACGAUGCGGAUGAAGCCGCCAAGCUGCGGUCAGCGUUGCUGACUUGGGGAUUCUUCCAGGUUUCCAACCAUGGAAUGGAGGCCUCUCUAAUGGAUUCUGUGAUGACUGCAUCAAGGGAUUUUUUUCGCCUACCGCUUGAAGAGAAAAGGAAGUACAGUAACCUAAUAGAUGGGAAACAUUUCCAGAUUGAAGGGUAUGGAAAUGACCAGGUGAAAACUCCAAAUCAAAGACUGGACUGGUCCGAUCGACUGCAUCUUAAAGUUGAGCCAGAGGACGAGAGAAACCUUGACCAUUGGCCCAUACGUCCAGAAUUUUUCAGGGAUGUUCUACACGAAUACACAUUGAAGAACAAGAAAAUCAAAGACGACAUCCUUCGGGCAAUGGCCAGGCUACUGGAGCUUGAAGAAGAUUGCAUCGUUAACCAGUUCAGCGACAAGGCUCUAACUUAUGCUAGAUUCAAUUACUAUCCUCCAUGUCCAAGACCUGAUCUUGUCUUGGGCAUCAAGCCUCACUCUGAUGUCUUCCCUCUUACGGUUCUUCUCAUGGAUAAAGAUGUCCAAGGACUGCAAGUUCUUAGAGAUGGAACGUGGUACAAUGUCCCAACUGUAUCUAACUACACCUUGCUGAUCAACGUUGGUGUUACCAUGGAGAUAAUGACCAACGGGGUCUUCAGGGGUCCAGUGCACAGGGUCGUGACAAAUGCUGAGAAAGAGAGGAUCUCGGUGGCCGUGUUCUAUGGUAUGGAUCCUGAGAAAGAGAUUGGACCGAUAGCUGAUAUGUUGAACGAGGAGCAGCCGGCGCGAUACAGGAAAAUGAAGAACAAGGACUUCCUAGUCGCGCACUAUGAACAUUUCACUCGAGGAGAGAGAGUUGUCGAUUCAUUAAAGAUAUAAGUACGGUGGGUUUUGUU